GCCGCCCGGGUCACCUGCUCCGCGGCUCGUCCGGCUCGGGGUCCGCUCCUCCCACCCCGGAGCCGCCACCCAGCUCUGCCCUCCCCGCUCCUCCUCAGCCCCUCCUCCCCACACGCCCCUGCCCUCCUCUCCGAGAGUUUCCCCGCACCUUCGGCGAGGAGUUCGGAGCGGCGGCUCGGCAGAGCCCACGGCCGGCAGAGCGCGAGCGACGCAGGUGCCCGAGCCCCGGAGCCGCCGCCAUCUCUGCCUCGGUCGGCGUUGGUUGGCUUUCUGGACCGAGGUAGGACCCGCUUCCCUCUGUUCCACGCCUGCUGCCACCCUUCCUGCUCCCGGCAGCUCGAGAGCGGUGCGCUGGGGCGCGUGGGGCGGGCGCAGAGCCAGCGGGGGACUUGGGGACUGGGAGCCCGAGGCCAGCCUUUCGGGCCCUCCGGAGGGGUAGCACCGGGCGGGAGCGCGGGUGGCUGGGACGCUGCGCGACUUUCGGCUCCCCGGGGCCAGGAGGAUGGGGCGCGCGCUGGUGGCUGCCGGCGGAGCCUGGGUGCGCACCUGCGGGGCCGCGGAGAGGAAUUGCACCCGGGGAACUUCUUUUCCAGGCCUCCUGUCUACUUUGGAAACUGAAGGGACUGCGACUGGAAUCUAUUUGCUAUUUUUCAGGUGUGUGUCCCUGAAGUAAGAUGACUUGUCAAAAACUCUGUGUGGUUUUGUUGCACUGGGAAUUUCUUUAUGUGAUAACUGCAUUUAACUUGGCAUAUCCAAUCACUCCCUGGAGAUUUAAAUUGUCUUGCGUGCCAGCAAAUGCAACUGAUGACGACUUCCUUUUGCCUGCUGGGAUCUCAAAGAACGCUUCACGUUUGGAUGGACAUUAUGAGGCAGUUGUUGAAGCUAAGUUUAAUUCAAGUAGUGCCUACCUUCCUAACUUAUCCCACACAAAUUUCCACUGUUGUUUUUGGAGUGAACAAGAAAAGAACUGCUCUGGACCUGAGGAUAGCACCGACGGGAGCACAUUUGUUUCAGCAGUAAAUUCCUUAGUUUUUCAACAUCUAGGUGCAAACUGGAACAUACAGUGCUGGAUGAAAGGGGACUUGAAACUAUUCAUUUGUUAUAUGGAGCCAUUAUUUAAGAAUUCUUUCAAGAAUUAUGACCUUAAAGUUCAUCUUUUUUAUGUUCUGCCUGAAGUGACAGAAGAUUUGCCACUGGCCUCGCAGAAAGGCAGUUUUCAGAUUGUCCAGUGCAUCUGCAGUGUUCAUGAAUGUUGUGAAUGUCAUGUGCCCGUACCACUAGCCAAACUCAACUACACUCUUCUUAUGUAUUUGAAAAUCACAUCUGCUGGAGUAACUUUUCAGUCACCUCUCAUGUCAGUUCAGCCCAUAAAUGUUGUGAAGCCUGAUCCACCAUUAGGUUUGCAUAUGGAAAUCACAGAUAACGGUGAUUUAAAGGUUUCUUGGUACAGCUCAACAUCAGUACCCUUCCCACUUCAGUAUCAAGUGAAAUAUACAGAAAAUUCUACAACAGUUAUGAGAGAAGCUGAUGAGAUUGUCUCAGCUACAUCCCUGCUAGUAGAAAGUGUCCUUCCUGGGUCCUCAUAUGAGGUUCAGGUGAGGGGCAAAAGACUGGAUGGCCCCGGAAUCUGGAGUGACUGGAGUACCCCUCGUGUCUUUAUAACGCAAGAUGUCAUAUACUUUCCCCCUAAAAUUUUGACAAGUGUUGGGUCUAAUGUUUCUUUUCACUGCAUUUAUAAAAAUGAAAACAAGAUCGUUUCCUCAAAAAAGAUUGUUUGGUGGAUGAAUUUGGCUGAGAAAAUUCCUCAAAGCCAGUAUCAUGUUGUGAGUGACCAUGUUAGCAAAGUCACUUUUCCCAACUUGAAAGCAACCAAACCCCGCGGGAAGUUUACCUACGAUGCAGUGUACUGCUGCAACGAACACGAAUGCCACCAUCGCUAUGCCGAAUUAUAUGUGAUCGAUGUCAAUAUCAAUAUAUCAUGUGAAACUGAUGGGUACUUAACUAAAAUGACUUGCAGAUGGCCAGCCAAUACAGUCCAGUCACUUGUGGGAAGCACUCUGCACUUGAGGUAUCACAGGAGCAGCCUUUAUUGUUCUGAUAUUCCAUCUAUUCAUCCCAUAUCUGAACCCAAGGAUUGCCGCUUGCAGAGGGAUGGCUUUUAUGAGUGCAUUUUCCAGCCAAUCUUUCUAUUAUCUGGCUAUACAAUGUGGAUUAGGAUCAAUCACUCUUUAGGUUCACUGGACUCAACACCAACAUGUGUCCUUCCUGACUCUGUAGUGAAGCCACUGCCUCCAUCUAGUGUAAAAGCAGAAAUUACUGUAAACAUUGGCUUAUUGAAAGUUUCUUGGGAAAAGCCAGUCUUUCCAGAGAAUAAUCUUCAGUUCCAGAUUCGAUAUGGCUUAAGUGGAAAAGAAAUACAAUGGAAGGUGCAUGAGGUGAAUGAUGCAAAAUCAAAAUCUGCCAGUCUUCCAGUGCCAGACCUGUGUGCAGUCUACGCUGUUCAGGUGCGCUGUAAGAGGUUAGACGGACUGGGAUAUUGGAGUAAUUGGAGCAGUCCAGUCUACACAGUUGUCAUGGAUGUCAAAGUUCCUAUCAAAGGACCUGAAUUUUGGAGAACCAUUAAUGGAGAUAUUACUAAAAAAGAGAGAAAUGUCACCUUACUUUGGAAGCCCCUGAUGAAAAAUGACUCAUUGUGCAGUGUGAGGAGAUAUGUGGUAAAGCAUCAUACUUCCCACAAUGGAACAUGGUCAGAAGAUGUGGGAAACCACACCAAAUCUACUUUCCUGUGGACAGAGCAAGCACAUACUGUUACAGUGCUGGCCAUCAAUUCAAUUGGUGCAUCUUUUGAAAAUUUUAAUCUAACAUUCUCAUGGCCUAUGAGCAAAGUAAAUCUCAUGCAGUCACUCAGUGCUUAUCCUUUAAACAGCAGUUGUGUGAUUCUUUCCUGGAUGCUAUCUCCCAGUGAUUACCAUCUCAUGUACUUUAUCAUUGAAUGGAAAAAUCUUAAUGAAGAUGAUGAAAUUAAAUGGCUUAGAAUUCCUUCAAAUGUUAAGAAGUAUUAUAUCCAUGAUCAUUUUAUCCCCAUUGAGAAGUAUCAGUUCAGUCUUUACCCAGUAUUUAUGGAAGGAGUGGGAAAACCAAAGAUAACUACUAGUUUCACCCAAGAUGAUAUUGAAAAACACCAGAAUGAUGCAGAUCUAUAUGUAAUUGUGCCGAUAAUUAUUUCCUCUUCUGUCUUACUACUUGGAACAUUGUUAAUAUCACACCAAAGAAUGAAAAAGCUGUUUUGGGAAGAUGUUCCAAACCCCAAGAAUUGUUCCUGGGCACAAGGACUUAAUUUUCAGAAGCCUGAAACCUUUGAGCAUCUUUUUACCAAGCAUACAGAAUCAGUGACAUUUGGUCCUCUUCUUUUGGAGCCUGAAACUAUUUCAGAAGACAUCAGUGUCGAUACAUCAUGGAAAAAUAAAGAUGAGAUGGUGCCAGCAACUCUGGUCUCAUUGCUUUCGACAACUGCAGGUCUUGAACAGGAUUCUCCCUGUAGUAGUGACCAGAGCAACAGCCCUCACUUCUCUGAGGCUGAGAGAACCCCAGUGGUCUGUGAGGAUGAAAGCCAGAGACAACCCUCAGUUAAAUAUGCCACACUGGUGAGCAAUUCCAAAUCAAGUGAAACGGAUGAAGAGCAGGGGCUCAUACAUAGUUCAGUCAGCAAGUGCUUCUCUAGCAAACAUUCUCCAUCGAAACAUUCUUUCUCUAAUAGCUCCUGGGAGAUAGAGACCCAGGGAUUUUUCAUCUUAUCAGAUCAGCAUCCCAACAUGAUUUCACCACACCUUUCGUUCUCAGAAGGAUUGGAUGAACUUUUGGAACUAGAGGGAAAUUUCCCUCAAGAAAAUAAUAGUGAAAAGUCUGUCUAUUAUUUAGGGGUCACCUCAAUCAAAAAAAGAGAAAGUGGUGUGUUUCUGACAGAUGAGUCAGGAGUAUUGUGCCCGUUUCCAGCACACUGUUUAGUUACUGACAUCAGAAUCCUCCAGGACACUUGCUCACACUUUGUCGAGAACAACUUCAACUUAGGAACUUCUGGCAAGAAGGCUUUUGUAUCUUACAUGCCCCAAUUUCAAACUUGUUCCACUCAGACACAUAAGAUUAUGGAAAGCAAGAUGUGUGACCUAACUGUGUAAUUCCAUUCGAGAAACCUUUAGAAUUGUGUUAUAGUGGAUCACGUGGCCUGUAAUAUAUUGCUUUACAGUUGUAAACGGGAAAGACAAGAGAAAAUCAUUAGAGUCAAAUUUGAAAAUGAUUCAGAAAUUAACGAUAUCUGUUUGUCCUCUCUCAGUAAUAUAGACAAAAAAAAAAAGAUGAGAAAACCCCCAUGAGCCUAGCAGUAUAGAUAAACACUUGAAAUAAUUCUAUUCACAGAACACUGUGGGAAGGUCUCUUGUUGCUAAUUAUGAACAAGCCCAGCAGUUCACUAUCCUUUGUGAAUAUUAGACCCGUGUAGAAAGAACCAGUCUUCUGUAUCACACCACCAUCUGAAGGAAGAUUUUCACUAACAUCUGUGAGAUACAAUUGUUGUUUCAAAGGUGUGUUCUCUUUACUUUCAGUUGCCUAUGUUUUGCACUAAUUCACGUACACACACACACACACACACACACACACACAUUUAUACUUAACUGAUAUGCUUAUGGGUUUUGAAAGCAUGUGAUGUGUUUGUAUUUUGCGCUACCAAAGUGGGUGAUUUGAAGCAGGCAUAUCAUUAAAUGUUGAACAUAAAUAGAGACUAACUCUGGUCUAAGGGGUUAUACUUGUGAAGACUGACAAAUUAGCCAAAUGUUUUGUACCAAAUCUAAGUUAAACAGCUUAGAAUGAAAACACCUGGUAGACUGGCAGGACCCUCAGCCAGUGCUUUGAUAACAGCACAAGGAGUUUUGAAAAUAAGGUCAAUUAUAACUCUCCUCUCUGAAAUACAACUAACUAGACGGCCAAUGUCAUUGUGCACCACACUGAAGUCAUUGUGUUUCUCCAGCCCUUCUUGCAUGUACACUAUUCUAUUUUUACCCCCUCACUUAGAUUCUCUCUAUACACUUACAACUGGGAAGUACUUUACAUACUUCAACUCAAUUACUGCAAUAAUUGUAUGAGAUGUAUUGUUAUACUUCGAUUAAGAUAUUCAGUAAUUUUCCCAAGGUCACAGAGUUAAUGGAUAAUGGAGCCAGAAUUCAGAUUUAAAUCCACAUCUUAUUAAUACUAGUGAUUAUUUGUUUAAAAAAACUGACUUGCAAUCAAAUAGAAUCUAUUAAGAAGAAAUUUCUGGCCAAAAUAUUACAGAUCUCACUCUAAGAUUAAUGCAGAAGUUUAUCAUUUAUUUCAGCUUUUGAUAUGGCAAGAAAAAUCAAAAUCCAGCAUAUUGGACAACAAUCUAGGUUAAGAAACUUGCACAUUUAGUUGUUCUGUGGCAAGAAAUAAGUUCAAGAUUAUUGAUAUCAUCAAUAUAUUGUUAAAAAAUAUGCCUGUGGGUUGCUAAACAUCAAUUUUCUACUUAAUCAGAGGAUUCUGCUGAUUUUACUAUUACCCUAAGUAACUCCUUACAUUCCAUCUCUAUUUAUGAUACAAGCAAUGUAUCGUAAAUAAUAAUAUCAUAAACAAUGACAAAGAUCCCAGACUCCUUUUAAAAGAUUUUUUUUCAUACUUCAUAGUAAUUUGUCACUCAGAAAUCAAUAAGGUUGUUUCAUGUCAUAAAUAUUGUUAAGGUGUCUCAGGAUCUCAUACUCAACAAGUGAACCUCUUAUAAGACAAAAGUAGAGCCCAAACCAACACACUAAUUAGUGUGGGAAAACCUUAGUUCUAUGCAAAGACAAAUGAAGAUGUUGCUUUCACUGAUUUUUAAGCAGCUUUAGAGAUUCAGAAACAAAUGUGCAUGGAAAUUUUGGUAAAACUAACUUAUUUUUAAUAUCUACUUACAAAAUAUUAGACAUUUAAUUGAAGGUAUGGUAUAGAAGAGAUAGGAAAUUAAAUUUUGCCCCACUCUGCAUUUAACUGGAGAUUUAUCAUUGAACAUGUCCACCAAGAUACACUAUUCUCCUGUGGUCUGUGACCCAGAACAACAGAAAAGAGAAACCAAGAGAUGCUCCAGUCAGUUUAAGGGUGCACCAGGCUGUGUGUACACUGGAGUGUAUCAGAAGUCCCAGGACCAUUGAAGGGCUGCAGAUCCAAGUUAAGGGAGUUUAGUGAUGUCACAUUAACCUGAGGUUAUUGAUACCAUCCUGGUGCAGUUUUGGUUCCCCAAACAAGUAAACAAAAAGUCACUUCAGAAAUACUGAAAUUAUAAGGCACAUUCUUCCAUAGGGCUGAGCUGGUGUAGUUUGGCUUAUUGGCAUAUGUAGAUUUAGGACAUAUUUAUUGUCAGUGCAGUUCAGUUCUGAUUUCCACUUUUGAAAGUUUACUUCUCCGUUGCUACGUUCUAUUGGGUUGCGAAAGAUAUCUACUAUUAAUUAGUAGAUUUUUACAAAACUCGGGAAAUUCAGAGUGUUGUAUAUUUCAGAACAUUCAGAUCCUCUCCUUUUCUUACUGGAACCUCUAUAGAAAGUAUUUAAGGGAGCAAGGAACUGAAAUAUGGACUCUGGACCCUGUUCUUUCUCUCUUCCCUUCUCCCUCCCUUUUUUCUUCCCUCCCUCCCUCCUUCCUUUAUUAAGUGUUGGGGAUUAAAUCCAGGCCCUUGUGAUAUCCAAAUGUGAUAAAUCUGGCAUUUUGGAUACUUCAUUUAAUGACCUUAUAUCACAACAACAAGCUACUAAUCAGACUUUACAUCUGAACUUCAUGAAAAGAAACUCAGAAAUUAAUUAUUUGAGAUAUGACUUCAAGUUUAAAUAGAAGCUAAAUCAUAUGGGUUAAUGGGAUUACAUAAUUCCUAGUUUAAAACCCCUAAGAAGAAAGAUGUAAAAAACUGAGGUACGCCCUCACUAAGAGUAGGGGCCUCCCGUUGAAGCCUUAUAUUCCAUUUAGAGAUGAGCUACAUGUUGACAAGAGGAAUAGGAACAGAUAUUCUUUUAUUUUUAAACCUAGUCUUCAAGUAAUAGAAGGACUUGGAUGAAGUUCCCAAACCAGUGGAAAAUCCUGGACUCAGAACAAGGAUUUAUAACCCUCAUCAUGACAUUCCUCUACUUCCUUUCAUUCUUUUCCAGCAAACCAACUCCCUCUUUCCAAAUAUCAAACAUAUGGUCGCAUUCCUUCAGUAACAGGAGCUCCUUUCCAGCUGAAGGAAGAUGAGCAGCAGGGAGUUUGCACUGUGGGGAGGGGUGACCGCAGGGCUCCCAUGUGGGGUAGACUGUGAUGAUGGAUUUGUACAACUGCAUCUGCAAAGGUCCAUUUCACCUAGAUACGGAUGCAAAGAAAAGGCUUUUUUUUCUGAAAUCCUGUAGUCCUCAAAAAAAAAAAAAGUUUCUUCUACUUUUCAUCCCCUAGGAGUGAUCUUGGUAGUUACAUUAACAAACUCUUCUGAAGUAUUUGUUAUUAAGAAAAUCCAUGCUCAGAUUUUAAAGCACAAAAUUGUUCACGCUACUAUGAUUAACAUAAGCUGCAUUCGAGAAAAUGUGAAAAUGUAGAUGCAAAAAUGUGAAGAAGUUUUCACAAAAGAAAGCUAGCCAAGUCGGUAAUUUUACUCUCUUGAAGACUGGUUUAAAACAGUGAAGCACAUCCGCAUCUGUUCACAAUGUUGGACAGGCAACUUAAAAUACAGAAGUGUAUUCCAUCCGAGAUCCUGUUACGUGUAUUAGAGCAUCAAGACGUGGUUUCCCUGGGUUUUAUAUUGAAUGAAUUAUUUUUAUAUAAAGUUUAUAUUUAUUUUGGAAAGCUGCUGAAAAUGUCUAUUUUUCAAAAUUGUGCUUAAGAUGUGUGGCAUUAAAUUUAAUUUUGUGAGAAUCUCUGAUGGGUUAUUUUAAAUCACACGUUUAUUCAAAAAACCUGGAACUAAGAAUAAAUUUGUAAGUAAGAUAUUUAGUUUUGUAGUAAAAUACUUAUAGACAAUGUACUUUUGAAACCUAUCAUUGUGUGUUUGGCAUGCAGUUAACACUUGUCACAAUUGAUAUGAUA